UGGCUUAAAGUGAAGACCUUCAAGAGAUUGAAACAAUGAAGACUGUGGCAGCUCUACUUGUUUUUGUCAGUUUGGCCAUUGUUGCUAUUGAAGGGAAGCCCGGGAUUGGAAUCCAAAGAUGUUUAUGUCAUGGUGCUGGUCUCAAAAUGGUGAGGCCAAAGCUGAUAGAGAAAGUUGAAAUUCACCCUAUUAGUCCAUCCUGUGGACAUCUGGAGGUUGUUGUCACACUGAAAAAUGGUGAAGGUCGAAGAUGCUUAAACACAGAGUCAUUGUUUACCAAGAACAUCAUUGAGAGGAUUGCAAAAAAGACCAGGAGUGCUCAGUAAAAUGUGUGAAGGUUGUGGCCACUGUGGACUCUGUCAUUAAAAAGCUGUAUUGAUUCUUUCAUUUAUUACAAUAGAGUAUUUU